AUGGCGCCGUCAGCCACCAGUCCAGUCGGUCAGUUCUCCCGCUCGUACGAAGAAGAUCGCAAUGCGCCGAGUCAAGAUACUCUUUACACGGCGUCCAACGGAUCAAUCGUAGCACAUCCCUAUGAGAGUCAGCGCGCUGGCGAUAAUGGUCCUCUCCUCCUCCAAGACUUCCACCUGAUCGAUCUCCUCUCACACUUCGACCGCGAACGCAUUCCUGAGCGUGUCGUGCACGCCAAGGGCGGUGGCGCUCAUGGCUACUACCAGACGACAAACGCGAUGGACGACCUUUCGUGCGCCGACAUGUUCAAGGCCGGCAAGAAGGUCCCAAUCACUGUCCGCUUCUCCACUGUCGGUGGCGAGUCCGGCUCGCACGACUGUGCCCGCGAUCCACGAGGAUUCUCUGUGAAGUUCAGGACCGAGGAGGGCAACUGGGAUGUGGUGGCAAACAAUACUCCUGUCUUCUUCCUCAGAGACGCUGCAAAAUUCCCAUACUUCAUCCACACCCAGAAGCGCGACCCUUCAAACCACCUUACACACGCCGACGACUCCACUGUCUUUUGGGACUACCUUUCGCAGAACCCUGAAUCAGUUCAUCAGGUCAUGGUGCUCAUGGGCGACCGUGGCAUUCCUGACGGGUGGCGAAAGAUGAACGGCUACUACGGACACACCAUCAAGCUGGUCAACAGCAAGGGAGAGUGGGUCUACGCCCAGAUGCACAUGAAGAGCAAGCAGGGAGUCGACUUCAUCACGCAGGAGGACUCAGCAAAUUACUCACCAGACUACUCACAAAAGGACAUGUACACCGCCAUUGAGAAGGGCGAGUUUCCAGGCUGGGAUGUGUGCUUCCAGACCAUGACCGCGAAGCAGGCCGAGGAGGUGUGGGAGACACAGAAGAUCAACGUCUUCGACUUGACCCACGUCUGGCCACAGAAGCAAUUCCCUCUCCGCAAGGUGGGCGAGUUCUUCCUGAACGAGAAUGUUCAGAACUACUUUGCCGAGAUUGAGCAGAUUGCGUUCAGCCCUUCGCACAUGGUCCCAGGCAUUGAGCCAUCCGCCGAUCCAGUCCUACAGUCUCGCCUCUUCUCCUACCCCGACACCCACCGCCACCGUCUUGGAACAAACUACCAGCAACUGCCGGUCAACGUUCCACGAGUGCCAUACAAGAUGGCCAACUUCCAACGUGAUGGUCCAAUGGCUUUCUACAACCAAGGCUCGCGACCCAACUACCUCAGCUCCAUCCAGCCGAUGAGCUUCGCCGAGAAGAAGUGGGACGCGGACAAGACCCACGGCCACUUCCAAGGUCAGGCCAUCAGCUUCUUGUCGGAGAUUCGCCCAGAGGACUUCAACGCACCUCGCGCGCUGUGGGAGAACGUGUUCGACGAUGGUGCCAAGGAGCGCUUCAUCAACAACAUCUCAGGUCACAUGGCGAACUGCCACAAGGAGGAGAUCAUCAAGCGCCAGAUUGGUAUCUUCCGUGAAGUGUCGGAGGACCUCGCGUCUCGCCUCGAGAAGGCGACGGGCGUCAAGGGGUACCCAGGCAUCGCCGGUCUGACCUUCAACGGCACGCACAAUGCCAUGGCCAAGGAUGCCAGCAAUCGCGUGGCGAACGGCAUGUCAGACAAGCUGCAGUCGAUUGGCAACAACGGUGGCCCGACGAAGGGUUCGCACCAGGGCGUUGCCACGCCUGCUGCAUAA